GGAGCCGGAGCCCGAGCCCGAGCCCGAGCCCGAGCCCGAGCCCGAGCCCGAGCCCGAGCCCGAGCCCGAGCCCGAGCCCGAGCCUGAGCCUGAGCCGGAACGGGUGGCUAGGCUGAGGAAGAGCGCAGCGCACAGCCUCGCCUAGAAGAGAGCUGGGGUCGGGUCGGGGUCGGAGUCGGAAUCGGGGUCGCCAGAGGGCGCGGAACCCGGCACCACUUGCGCAGCUGGCUGGCUGGCGGGCGGGCGCUGGCGGGCGGGCUUCCCAGUAAGAUGUGCAGAGCGCAGCGGGGCGCUCCUGACUCGCAGCCCCGCUCCGGACCUGGGCUCGGUGGCCAGGAGGCGGCGGCUACGGCCGCCGUGGUGGAGACCGUGAAGAAGGCGGCGGCGGCGGCGGCGGCGGAGGCUCCCGGGCUGCGCGCCGGCUGGUAGAGCGGCCGCCCCAGGGAGCGGAGCAGCCCGCCACGGCCGCGCCCCGGGGAGGCUCGGCGCCCAACGAUGACCCGUCCCUGGCGGCGUCUCCAGAGUCUGGUUUGGGAAUACUGGGCCGGGCUCCUGGUUUGCGUUCUCUGGAUUCAGGACUCUCGGGGAAUGCCCCAUGUCAUCCGGAUAGGGGGAAUCUUUGAGUAUGCAGAUGGACCCAAUGCGCAGGUCAUGAAUGCAGAGGAACAAGCCUUCCGAUUUUCUGCCAACAUCAUCAACAGGAACAGGACUUUGCUGCCCAAUACAACCUUGACCUAUGACAUUCAGAGGAUACACUUCCAUGACAGCUUUGAAGCCACCAAGAAAGCCUGUGACCAGCUGGCCCUGGGGGUUGUAGCUAUUUUUGGACCUUCCCAAGGCUCCUGCACCAAUGCAGUCCAGUCCAUCUGCAAUGCCCUGGAAGUGCCCCACAUCCAGCUACGUUGGAAACACCAUCCCUUGGAUAACAAAGACACCUUCUAUGUGAAUCUCUACCCUGACUACGCAUCCCUCAGCCACGCCAUCCUUGACCUCGUCCAGUAUCUGAAAUGGCGGUCAGCAACCGUGGUGUAUGACGACAGCACAGGCCUCAUCCGGCUGCAGGAACUUAUCAUGGCCCCCUCACGCUACAAUAUCCGCCUGAAGAUCCGCCAGCUCCCCAUUGACUCUGAUGACUCCCGGCCCUUGCUCAAGGAGAUGAAGAGAGGCAGAGAGUUCCGCAUCAUCUUUGACUGCAGUCACACCAUGGCUGCCCAGAUCCUCAAGCAGGCUAUGGCGAUGGGAAUGAUGACCGAGUACUACCACUUUAUCUUCACAACUCUGGACCUUUAUGCAUUAGACUUAGAACCCUACCGCUAUUCUGGAGUGAAUCUAACAGGGUUCCGGAUCCUCAAUGUGGAGAACCCCCACGUCUCAGCCAUUGUAGAGAAGUGGUCCAUGGAGAGGCUGCAGGCUGCACCCCGGGCUGAGUCUGGCCUGCUGGAUGGGGUGAUGAUGACAGAUGCGGCCUUGCUCUAUGAUGCUGUCCAUAUUGUCUCUGUGUGCUACCAGCGGGCCCCGCAGAUGACCGUCAAUUCUCUGCAGUGCCACCGUCAUAAAGCCUGGCGUUUUGGAGGUCGCUUCAUGAAUUUCAUCAAAGAAGCUCAAUGGGAAGGAUUAACUGGACGGAUUGUUUUCAACAAAACCAGUGGCUUAAGGACUGAUUUUGACUUGGAUAUCAUCAGCCUGAAAGAAGAUGGCCUGGAGAAGGUGGGUGUGUGGUGUCCUGCUGAUGGCCUCAACAUCACAGAGAUUGCCAAGGGCCGGGGCCCUAACGUCACUGACUCCUUGACCAACAGAUCCCUCAUUGUCACCACUGUGCUGGAGGAGCCCUUCGUCAUGUUCCGGAAGUCAGACAUGACCCUCUUUGGGAAUGACCGGUUUGAGGGCUACUGCAUUGACCUGCUGAAGGAACUGGCCCACAUCCUGGGAUUCACUUAUGAGAUCCGACUGGUAGAAGAUGGGAAGUAUGGGGCACAGGAUGAGAAGGGCCAGUGGAAUGGCAUGAUUAAAGAGCUCAUUGACCAUAAGGCAGACCUGGCUGUGGCCCCUCUGACCAUCACUCACAUCCGGGAAAAAGCCAUUGACUUCUCCAAGCCCUUCAUGACCCUCGGCGUCAGUAUUCUGUACCGGAAACCCAAUGGCACCAAUCCUGGCGUGUUUUCCUUCCUCAACCCCUUGUCUCCUGACAUCUGGAUGUAUGUCCUCCUUGCCUAUUUAGGCGUCAGCUGUGUCCUCUUCGUCAUUGCAAGGGGCCAUUGCUGUUUCCCUCAUCUGUUCCAGCACAUCUGGCUCACACUUGGACAUGACCUUGAACUUUCUUCCUCCUCCAGGUUCAGCCCCUAUGAAUGGUAUGAUGCACACCCCUGCAACCCUGGCUCAGACAUCGUGGAGAACAACUUCACUUUACUCAACAGUUUCUGGUUUGGGAUGGGCUCCCUGAUGCAACAAGGCUCUGAACUGAUGCCCAAAGCCCUGUCCACAAGGAUCAUUGGCGGCAUCUGGUGGUUCUUCACGCUGAUCAUCAUCUCUUCGUACACGGCCAAUCUGGCGGCCUUCCUGACAGUGGAGCGCAUGGAGUCUCCCAUUGAUUCAGCAGAUGACCUGGCCAAACAGACCAAGAUAGAGUAUGGGGCAGUCAAGGAUGGGGCCACCAUGACUUUUUUCAAGAAAUCCAAGAUUUCCACAUUUGAGAAGAUGUGGGCAUUCAUGAGCAGCAAACCCUCAGCCCUGGUGAAGAACAAUGAGGAGGGCAUCCAGAGAGCCCUUACAGCCGACUACGCCCUACUCAUGGAAUCCACAGCCAUAGAGUACAUCACUCAGAGGAAUUGCAACCUCACCCAAAUUGGGGGCCUCAUCGACUCCAAAGGCUAUGGGAUCGGCACACCUAUGGGCUCCCCUUACAGGGACAAGAUCACCAUUGCCAUCCUCCAGCUCCAGGAAGAGGACAAGCUUCACAUUAUGAAAGAGAAGUGGUGGCGGGGAAAUGGCUGCCCCGAGGAGGAGAACAAGGAGGCUAGCGCCCUGGGCAUUCAGAAGAUUGGCGGCAUCUUCAUCGUGCUUGCUGCGGGGCUGGUUCUCUCUGUGCUGGUGGCUGUGGGAGAGUUCAUCUACAAACUCCGAAAAACAGCUGAGCGGGAACAGGGAAUAACAGCAGGCCUCCUCCUCCCUCUUCCUUCCAGCGUUCAUUCUGCAGCACUGUGGCUGACGAAAUCCGAUUCUCCCUCACCUGCCAGCGACGGGUCAAACACAAGCCUCAGCCACCAGUCAUGGUCAAAGCCGACGCUGUCAUCAACAUGCACACAUUCAAUGACCGUAGACUCCCAGGCAAGGACAGUAUGACCUGCAAUACUGCACUGGCACCUGUGUUCCCCUAGGGUUGCACCAAGGGCCAGGGACUGGCAGUUAAGGCAGUUCCCUUAAGGCAGAAGAUGGGGACAGAAGGAAAGAUCCCCCUUCCAAGUCUGGGCAGUGAAGGAAGCUGGCCCCACCCCCACUUGCCCAUCUACAAUGAACCUACCAGACCCCAACCUGUGGUUAUGGGAAUUGGGUGGGUAGUGGGGGAAGGGGGAGCUUCUUUUUUGUCUCUCUAAAGCAGAAGAGACUAAGAUGAAGAAUGCAUAUGUGUCACACACACACACACACACACACACACACACACACACACACACACACACACACCCCUCAGGCUGAACACUCCCCAUCUUGUAGACAGGGAUUCAUACAGUGGACCCUCUGCUGACAAAAGGGCUCCAUGCCAGCAGCCUUCUGGGGGGAUCCCAAGUCUCCACAUUUAAAACUCUGUCCGGUGGGCUUCCAGGAGUGUGGCAAUUUAAAAAAAACAGCAACUAUUUUGAUUAAGGGGGAAUGGCCAUCAUUAUGGACAGAUGGACACCCACACACCCCCAGGACAGAUAGGCUGAAAGGAAGCCUCUGCUGUCCAUUGACUGCUAGCCUCAUGCUGAGUAUCCAGGAGGGUUGAGGCCCAUUGGCUUAGACAGAGCACCAUGUUGGUGAUGAUGGAAGGGCCCAGGAAGAAGCAACACUAUGAACUCCUUCUAGAUGAGACACCUCUUUUUUGAAUGGGCUGAGAGAACCAGAGUAGAGGGAGGUAAACCACGAUGAAUUCUUCAACAAGCUCUUCCAGACCCAAGGGGCAGAUGUCCUCUUGUCCCUCUUAGAGAAAGGAGAGACUCCAGCCACCAGUCCUCACCCUCCAAAGCCAGGCAGGAAGACAUAUAUCUUGGGAAAAAAACAGAUAGCUUUCAAUUGGGACAACCAAGCUAUUGCCAGAGCCAGGCUGAUAUUCAUUUGGAGCCUGAAGAUUUCAUUGGUCAUGUCUUGUCUCCUUUUGCCACUGAUUUUUUUCUGUCCCCCUCUGUCCUCUUGGGAGGACAAAUGAAGGAGAAAUGAGCUCUUGGCCCUGGCUAAUGAAGAAGCAAAGCUUCAUUUUUUUAGAGCAUAGAUGAGCCUUGGGCUAGACAGCAUCCUGUAGAGGCCGACAUCUGGGAACAUGGAGAGGACCAGAGGUUGAAGAGAUGACCACAAGAGGCCCUGACCUUCAGGACCUUUCAGAAACUGUGAGAGCUUGUUUCCAAUGGCAAUUCUGGGCAAAAUCUCAUCUCCCCAGGGUGGGAGAGGGAAACUGUGCCUAGAAGCAUUAACCAAAGACCCCACAAGGUGACCUCCAUCCAAGUCACCCCUCAGCUCCUCUCUUCAUUCCCCCUGGAGUGGUGGGGACACUGUGGUGCUUUGGGGGACUGGCCAGAGAAGUGGGCAACAGGGAAUACUGGAAGGAACAAAGUGUACUUAAGGAAGGCACGGUUGGUCCUCAGAGGCUCUUCUCGAGCAGGAGGAUUGCCCUACGUGGAGGGCAUUCAUCAGGGUGGGGGCCAGAGUGACAUGAGCCUUCCACAUCCAGUACCUGGCUUGAACACGAUGCUUCAGUCCUGCCCUCGCCUCCCAGCUCUGCUGAAGUGACCUUGUUAUUGAGGAGCUGAGUUUGGUCUUUGGGGGCUUCUCAGAAAAAAACAAGUCUCUGAAUCCUCCCACCCCCUCCCAGUCCCUAUUAAAGUGGGCAGACCCACUGAGGAUCACCCCAUGGUUGUGGGAUUAGGCAGGGACAGGCAAAGAGUCCCCCCAUGCACUACAGCCUAAACAGGAGUACCUUCUCUGUAGCCCAUGUGCUGAGGGACAGACCCAGUGCCUGCUUCCAGGGUCACCACAUGUCCCCAGCUCUGAUUGGGUAGACAAUGUUUGGGGCGGGCUGGGUCAAUUGACCCUGCACUAUAGCCAAAUGCAUUCACUAAUGAGAAGACAAGCCAUGAUGUAAUGGAGUUUCUUGGUAUGUGUGUAUACAUAUAUGCACACAUAUGUGUGUCUAGCUAAUGUCAGGAACAGGGAAGAACAAUCAGUAAAUCAGAGUCCUGUUGAUACUUCUUUGGUGAAGGAAAAUGUUUCCUAAGAGACUGUGUUUGGAUUUCAGGUGCCAGCACAUGAAGUGCAUGAACAUUUGGACUAAGUCUAAGCCAAGCGCUUGAUUAUUAACUCAUGGUCACUCAUCUUAUUAUUUUUUAAGUGAAUUAACAGGACCCUAAAUAUGGAUUUGUCUAAUUGCUCUUCCCUUUGUGUUUAUUAGCCACUACUUAUCAUUAGAAUAUAUUUCAUAGAAUACAUGCAUACACAGCCAUAUAUAAAAUGGGUGUGUGUGCUUCAAUAUAUUCUCACAGCAGUGUGCAAAAAGCACUUUAAGUGAGAUGAUUUGUGUGUGGCAUUUCCGUGAGAGAAACAAGGAACUAUCACAAUAGUUAGGCAAACCUUCUUCAAGUAGUCAGGUGGUUUCUGGUUUUCUUUGCUGGCAUGGAAUGAUGCUCCCAUGUAUUUAUAUGUUAAGAGUUUAUAUCCUAGACCAGAGAGUCAUAGAUCUGGAGCUAGAAGGGAGGUCAGAAGCCUACAUCAGGUUAGCAUCCAGCAUUAGCCAGUGAGGAUGGAUGGCUAAUGUCCAAUGUUCCCUGUAAACUCGAAUCUCUGAAAACUUUGUUACAGAGGUGUGUGAUUCUCAAGAUCAUAUCAGGAAAGACACAACCAGGAAAGGAAGGUAUGUUUUCACCUUCAAGGAGUGGUUUCUUAGUGCUCAGGUUUGCAGAAUGUAUUGGACAUUAGCCAGAUCAUUAGGGGUUGUAAUGCACAUCCACACGAUUAAAAUGUCAAGAGAUAGUUAAACAUUCCAGUUUGCUGGUGGAAAAACCCAGGUUUGGACAGGCCCCUCAUCUUGACCACUUGUCCCAGCAUCAGUCUUUCCUCAGGUUUCUGGAGUCACCAUCGAUCUCCCAUAAUCCAGAUAUUGUUCUAUACUUUCUUGGCCAAACUGGCCAAUUUGGCAUCUGACAGUGAGAUAAAUUCCCCAGAGACUACCUCCCCUCCCUUCCCCUCCACUCUCUUUCCUUCCUCCUAACACUGCCUGCCAUUCAGAACUCCUGUUAUUUGGACCAAUGAGGGAGAGCCCGGGAAGAUUUCUUUAUUGAGCCUGCUCUAUCAGCCCAGCCUCAAGAGCAUCUCUGGGAAAGAAAAGACCUUCCUCAGCCAAUAGCCUGGAGAAGGCAGCUCCUUCAAGUGACAAGAAUGGCCUCUUUCUUAGUGGAGCCACAUGGCUGCCUCCUUCAGAAAGAAUACUAGAGCCUGGGACCCGGCAGGCAGGAGGAGAGUUGGCCUAGUUUGAGGAUGGACUGAGAGAUUAGCCAUCAGUGGGAUCCGGGAGCUGUGCCCCUUCCCUAAACAAAAGAAGGAGGCAGAAACUAAUCACAGCAGUAGACUGGCCAGUCCCUGGUCGGGGGCUUCUACUCCUCCCCUUCUUUCUCCUCCUUUCUCUUUCUCCCUUUUGUGUGUGUGUGUGUGUGUGUGUGUGUGUGUGUGUGUGUGUGUGUGUUGGGAAGCCAUGUUUGGGGAGGGGCUGGGAGAGGCAUUUACUAUUCAGGCUUUUUGCAAAUUCUUCUCCAUCACCCAGCAUGAAGUAGCUGAUCCCUUCCCCCAGAUGCUCCAGCUGUGCAAGCAGACAUCUGGAAUUAACCCAGCUGCCUUCAGUAGCAGAACCUCCUGCUGGUGCCCUUCGCCCGGACCCUCCUCUUAAUGCUAGUCUUGAAGACAGCAGCAGUGGGACGAUGCUUCAUUUACAGUCCUUGGGCAUUGCUUCAGGAGAGACAGCAACUCCCAAAACUUUUCUUUGGUAGAAAGCAAAGUUCUGUACUAUAUAUAUAUAUAUGAAUGUACAAAGAGAUAUAUAUAUAUACAUAUAUAUACUGUAUAUAUAUAUGCACAGUGUAUAUAUACUGCAUAGCACAUCUGUAUAUGUACCCCCUCGCACACACGCUCACAUGCCUGCUGCGUGUAUACACACAUGCACGCGCACACGCGCGCGCACACACACACACACACACACACACACAGUGUAUAUAUAAUAUGGCCAGUAAAACUUGGAUGAUGGUAAUUCAAGGACCUCCAAGGAGUAUUUCUUGCCCAGAUGCCUGCAGACCCUUCCCAGAUACAUUCUGGGGAACAUGAAGACUGCAGACUAUGAAAGGCCAAGAGCAGAAUCCACUAUAUUGAGGGGAUGAGCCAGGCACUCUGGGCAGCCAAACCACAAGAGAGGGACCUGGGAAGUUCAACUCCCCCCCAAGCCAGUGCACAGGCUACCUGUGGUACCUACUUUCUCUCCUUGCCCUCUCCUUUCCCCACUUUCUUCCUCCCUGCCCCCCUUCUGCUGUCCACUCCUGGCCAUGUCCCCAUCACCUUGUCCUGCCUUCUGGGUCCCUCCCAUUGCUGUAGUUGGGAUUGAUAAGCCUUAGUGCUAGCUCUUAGGGUGCAGGAGAAGGUUUCCAGGGGUCCUCUGUGCUCUUCCCCAUUCCCAGUCUUGGGGUGUGUGGCUAGAAGAAGACAGAUUGGUGGUGGCCUGGCCAAGCUGUAUCCUUCUUUUUUUUUUUUUUUUUGCGGGGCAAUGGGGGUUAAGUGACUUGCCCAGGAUCACACAGCUAGUAAGUGUCAAGUGUCUGAGGCCAGAUUUGAACUCAGGUACUCCUGAAUCCAGGGCCGGUGCUUUAUCCACUGUGCUAUCUAGCCGCCCCCCGAGCUGUAUCCUUCUGUGAUGUGGCCUCUUCAUCUCUCAUGACCAUCAGGGAAUGGGCAGGGAGGGAGAGCAAAAGGAUCUAUGGUCCACUUUACCUUCUUGUGGUCAGCUAGAAGAAGUGAGUGGUCAGGUCGUCUUCCCAUCAUUCUUAUCCCAUAUUCAUGCAUACAACCCAACAUAUACACACACACAUGCAUAAACACACACAUACAUCUAUUAAACACAUAAAUUGUUUCUCACUACUCCACUUAAUCUCAAAAUACCAGCCCAGGGCUGUAAUCCCAAAUGAGGAGAAACCCCAGAACAGAGGUUUGCAUCCUAUCUGCCCCACCCCUUUCACAUUAGAACUCACAGAAUUGAAUAGGGAAGCCCUAUUGUGUGGACUACUGAGGCCUGCAGAGAAGGUUACAGAUCAGCAGCAGGGCAGUGGUGGACCUGGGGGUGUGAGCCGAGGUAUCCUCCCUGAUCAGCCCCACUUGCCUUUCUUAGUCCUGCAUGAACCCAAAGGUCAAAUUUCCUUUUCUCUCCUAUGUAUGGGGGAAGGAGAUGGAGCCUCAUCUAAUUUCCUCUGCUGCCUCCAGGGUGGGGUCUCCAUCUCUGGGUGGAUUUUAGCUUUAUAGGGAGAACGGUCCAUCCCCUUGUUCACUAGAACCCCAACUCUGCACCACAGAAUUUUGGGGGGCACGGCAAAGUAUGGAAUCAUCCCACCCCAAGGGAAUAGCUUGACUAAACUAAAUGCUCCCCAAAGCCAUAUACUGGACAUGGCAUCACCUCACACAAACUCAACACAACAAAGCACAGUAACUAUAUGUGAACUACCACACUACAGCUUGCUUCUCUCUGUCUGUCUCUCUCUUCUCUCCCCCUCCCUCCCUCUUUCUCAUUCCUCCUACACUCUCUUCCCUUUCCUCCCUUCUCCCCCUUCUCCUCUUCUUCCCUGUCUUUGUCUACCUCAAUCCCUCUAACUAUUCCCUUGCUUUUCCUCCUUCCUUUUUCUUUCCCUCUUCCCCUCCCUCUGUUCUUUCCUUCUUGCCUUUCUGUUUCUGUCUCCCUUCCUCUCAUCCUCUUCUCUGUGUGUCUCUAUCUCCCUUCUCUCAUCUCCUUUCUUUCCUCUCCUCUUGUGUCUCUGUCUCUGUCGCUCACCACUGCUUUUUAUCACCUCCAUACUCAGCUACUAGUUUCCUUCUAUGCCUCUCAGCCUCCAUCCCUUUCCCUCAGCCUACCUGGACCUCCCCAAUUCCUAUGGCUCUCCCUCAGUAAUGUCUGCUGUUCCUGUCUUGGUGGGACAGGAGAUUUUGGUUGGUUUCCCUCCUCUGCCCUUUGGUCAGGGCUCUCUGGGUUUGAGGCUGCCCCUAAACCUUCAGGAAGGAACAAAGAAAAACUCUUCGGGCAGCCACGGUUCAGAGGUGCCUGAUGAGUAGAUCUUCUGAGAGUUCUACCAGGUCUCAACUGGCCUGCCUUGACCUUGUUCCUGGGCACAUUGACAGUAAAAUAUGGUAAGGACCACCACCUGGCUAGGCCUCCCUGGAUGGGCCCUUAAGGAUAAGAUCUGUGCUUCUAUCAUGCAGUGGGGCCUGGCCCAAAGCUCCUGAGUCUGCCUUCCCCUGGCUCACUUAUUCGCUUGCUAGCUAGCUUGUUCACUCUCUCACUGGCUCUUGCUCACUCCAGCCCCUGCCCAAGGGCCUGUCCUGGCCUACCUUUUGUCCUUCCUUCACUCGAUGGUCUCUGGGCCAAUCAGGGGAUGCCCUUUGUGGACAUGCAGAAUUUCUAUGAAUAUAGUUUUUUGUAAACAUUUUGUAAUGAUUUUGGUUUCAUAGUAACUGUGUUACUUGCUAAUCAUUCUAGGCCCAUGUAAAUAAAUUCCCCCCCAAAUCUGUUGAUUUCCUUUUUAAGACACUGUGAAAUAUCAAAGUACACAGUUUGCUGUUAUGAGGUAAUAUGGUUUUAAAUUUUAAAUAAUAAAAAAGAUUUCUAGAAAAUA